AUGACAGGCUGUUGCUUCCCGGUGAACCUCGAUCUGUCCCGCGGUCGCAGGGGAAGCUUCAAGCAUGUUAGUUCCUCUUCUGGUUCAUCUAAACAUAGGAGAAGAGAGAAUUGUAAAGGGCCUCUGGUUGUUUGUUUUGGGGAGAUGAUUGUGAAUUUGGUCCCCACAGUGUCACGAGUGUCCCUUGCAGAUGCAGUAGCCUAUAAGAAAUACCCUUCUGGGGCGACUGCCAAUGUUGCAGUUGCAAUUUCUAGAUUAGGAUGCUCAACAGCUUUUAUUGGGAAGGUGGGAAAUGAUGAAUUUGGCUAUAUGCUAUCUGAUAUUCUGAAACAAAAUGGUAUUGACAGUUCGGGCCUACUCUUUGAUGAUGAUGCAAGGACAGCAUUGGCAUUUUAUGCUCUCAAGAGGAAUGGAGAACCUGAAUUCAUGUUUUACAAAAAUCCAAGUGCUGAUGUGCUCCUUCGUCCUGAAGAACUUGAUUUGACCCUCAUAAAGAAGGCCACAAUAUUUCAUUACGGUUCAGUCAGUUUGAUUAAGGAACCUUGUAGGUCUGCUCACAUUGCAGCAAUGACUGUUGCCAAAGUGGCUGGCUGUAUCCUUUCCUAUGCCCCAAAUUUGGCACUGCCACUAUGGCCUUCAAAGGAGAUUGCUAGACAGGGCAUCAUGAGUAUCUGGAACUAUGCCGACAUUAUUAAGGUAAGUGUGGAUGAAAUUCGACUCUUGACCGAAGGUGAUAAUCCUUACGAUGACAAAGUGAUCAUGAAGAAGCUGCACCAUUACAGUCUCAAACUUCUGCUUGUCACCGAAGGAGAACGAGGCUGCAGAUACUACACCAAGGACUUUAAAGGAUGGGUUGCUGGGUUUGAGGUGGAAGCAGUUGAUACAACUGGAGCAGGUGAUUCCUUUGUUGGAGGAUUUUUGAGCAUUGUGGCUGCACACAAUCACAUUUACAAGGAUGAGAGAAGAUUGAGGGAGGCUCUUGAUUUUGCAAAUGCUUGUGGUGCUGUCACAGUGACAAGAAGAGGGGCCAUACCUUCACUCCCCACAAAGGAUGCUGUUCUCAGAAUUCUUUUCUCCUGCUUCAAUUCAUAG